GGUACAGCCCCAAAAGAAGGCGGCCGCCGGCGGGGUGGGGUUUGCGCCGGGACAGGCGGGCGAGAGAGUCCCGUUAGAAGCGGUGCGGAGAGCCCCAGCAGCGCAGGACGAGCGGUCCGCUGUGUUCAGGACGCCGGAAAGAUGCCGAAAACGAUCAGUGUGCGUGUUACCACCAUGGAUGCUGAGCUGGAAUUUGCCAUCCAGCCCAACACUACAGGGAAACAACUCUUUGAUCAGGUCGUCAAGACAAUUGGUCUAAGAGAAGUCUGGUUUUUUGGACUCCAGUAUCAAGAUACAAAGGGAUUCUCAACGUGGCUCAAAUUAAAUAAAAAGGUAACAGCACAGGAUGUACGCAAGGAAAGCCCUCUUCUUUUCAAAUUCCGAGCCAAGUUCUACCCGGAAGAUGUGGCAGAAGAGCUGAUCCAGGACAUCACACAGCGCCUAUUUUUCCUCCAAGUGAAGGAGGCAAUUCUGAAUGAUGACAUUUAUUGUCCUCCAGAAACAGCCGUCCUGCUGGCUUCCUAUGCUGUCCAGUCAAAGUAUGGAGACUUCAACAAAGAAGUGCACAAGUCUGGUUAUCUUGCUAGUGACAAACUGCUCCCACAGAGAGUUCUAGAGCAGCACAAGCUUAACAAGGACCAGUGGGAGGAGAGGAUCCAGGUGUGGCAUGAGGAACAUCGAGGAAUGAUUAGAGAAGAUGCUGUCUUGGAGUACCUGAAAAUUGCACAGGACUUGGAAAUGUAUGGUGUGAACUACUUCAAUAUUAAGAACAAAAAGGGCUCUGAACUCUGGCUAGGUGUAGAUGCUCUUGGACUCAACAUUUAUGAGCAUAAUGACAGGCUAACACCAAAAAUUGGAUUCCCUUGGAGUGAGAUCAGAAAUAUUUCUUUCAAUGACAAGAAGUUUGUUAUCAAGCCUAUUGACAAGAAAGCACCAGACUUUGUAUUCUACGCUCCUCGGUUACGGAUUAACAAACGAAUCUUGGCACUUUGCAUGGGAAACCAUGAGCUCUACAUGCGCAGACGUAAACCAGAUACCAUUGAGGUGCAGCAGAUGAAAGCACAGGCUCGGGAAGAGAAGCAUCAGAAACAGAUGGAGAGAGCCCUGCUGGAGAAUGAGAAGAAGAAGAGGGAACUGGCAGAAAAGGAGAAGGAGAAGAUUGAACGUGAGAAGGAGGAGCUAAUGGAAAAGCUCAAGCAAAUUGAGGAGCAAACCAAGAAAGCUCAGCAAGAACUGGAAGAACAGACCCGCAGAGCCAUGGAGCUGGAACAGGAGAGAAAACGAGCUCAGGAGGAAGCAGAGAAACUGGCUAAAGAACGUAGAGAAGCAGAAGAGGCAAAGGAGGCCCUGCUGAAAGCAUCCCAUGAUCAACAAAAGACCCAGGAACAGCUGGCUGCUGAAAUGGCAGAACUCACAGCCAGGAUCACACAGCUGGAAUUGGCCAGGCAGAAGAAAGAGAGUGAGGCCCAGGAGUGGCAGAAGAAGGCACAAAUGGUGCAGGAGGACCUAGAAAAGACCAAAGAGGAGUUGAAGACUGCCAUGAGCACUCCUCACGUCACUGAGCCAAUGCACUCUGAGAAUGAGCAUGAUGAUGAGCAGGAUGAAAAUGCAGCAGAAGCCAGUGCUGAGCUUCGAUCAGAGGCCACAAUCAAGGACCGCAGCGAGGAGCAGCGUACCACUGAAGCAGAGAAAAAUGAACGAGUGCAGAAACACUUGAAGGCUCUUUCCUCAGAGUUGGCAAAUGCUCGGGAUGAAACCAAGAAGACAGCCAAUGAUAUGAUCCAUGCUGAGAACAUGCGACUGGGCCGAGACAAGUACAAGACCCUCCGUCAGAUUCGGCAGGGCAACACCAAGCAGCGCAUUGAUGAGUUUGAAUCCAUGUAAACUCUCCUCUGCACUUGCUGCCCUGCAGUCUCUUUUCCCUUCUUUCUCAUCCUCUCCCAUCACUCACUCCUAAUCGUGCUGCGCUGGAACCACUACAGAAGAGCAACCAUGGUCUUAUUUAUAGAGUUUUGGGCACAUGCUGGAGUUCAGCAACAGAAGAAAGAACGACAUUCUCAUAUUCCUGGGGUGGCUUGGGAAAGCAAACUUAUAUUAGGGCAAAUCUGAAAUUCUUUGACUUUGGGUAAAGUCUUACUGCAUUUAGUUUUGUUUUGCUUACUGAAAUGGCUGUGUAGCUGUCCUCUCCCAUUGGGCAGGGAGGCCAGCAGAUACUUUCACUGAACUAUAUAAAGUGCUAACAGUUUGACAUUGUGCCUUCCUACUAACUUGCACAAGCUUCAAUAUUAAGCUUCGAGGCCAGGGUAUAAAUUUCUGACAUUAAGGGUCUAAAUCAAGUAGUUGAGAAGGAGAACCUGGAGUUUGGGAAGAAGGGUUGGAGGUAGAACGUGGACUUUCUUUCUAAAAGACCAAAGCUUUUGUCCUUUAAGCGUAAGCAGACCAAACAGAAUCUGUGGCAUUCCUGCCACAAGGAGGCCUUUGAAAUAUUUUCACUGAUUUGGGAUAUAUUGGAGCCUUGACUUCCAGGCUUUCCAGAAUAAGUUUUCCUCUGGGUAAAUGGCUUUGUUCACUGUCAUUUUGUCUGACUUGAAUGUAACCAGUGAGGCAGAGAUGGCUAGAGAACACUGCCUUUCAUCUUGAGAUCACCACUGAAAAUGAAAAGGGGUAAGCAGAAAUGUAAACAACUAAAAAUUCCUGUAACUGUAUCUCUUUUGCUGAACCAGUACAUUUCUAGUCAGGUGGGGUGAUUUCAGUUUUUUCCAUGAGGCCUUUUUAGCACGUAGUCAUUGGUGCCUUAUGACUGUGUAUAGAUCUACUGUAGCUCAGAUAUCUUCGUUUAAAAUAGAUACAAUCAUAAAAAGUGAUUAACAGCUGAGGACCAAAACUAUUUUGUAUCUGGGUUGUGCAGAAACAAAACUGCAGCUGUGCCUUCCUGGCUUCCAGCAGCAUUUGAGGGGAGAAGGUCACGAGAUUUGUCCAAUUGUUGCCUUAAUCUUUGCUAGCAUUUUGCCAGAUUCCUGGCUCAAAUGUUUUUGUUUGUUUGUUUUUCUCCAGAAGGAUGCUUUGCCCCUUGAUAGUUUUUAGUUCAGAGAGUUCUGUCUGUUAGAAGCAGGACACUAGUGGCUGUGGAGAGGCUCAUCCUGUGUCAGUUGUUGUAAUCACUUCUUAUCCGUUCCUACUCAUGCUGCAGCUACCCAGAAUCCUUCUUGUCAUUUCUGGGGAAAAAGCAGCCAUGUAUGCUCAGGGUUGAAUUGGAUUUUGCCUUGAUCCUUCAUAGAAGGAAAAGUAGACCUUUAGAAGAGGCCUUUUAAAAAUGCGUUCCAUCUACAAUGGUGUUCUCAUUUGCUUUGCCCUCCUUGGAAUUGCUUGUUCCUAUAGGAAGUCUUUGGGCUUGCUUAUGAUUUAUUUUCUUGUCUAAUGUGUUUCUAAAUCUUGUAACUUUCUCAAUUUUGUGGAUGCUCCCUUUGUCUGUAUGGUAUCACUGCUCAUGGUGAUUCACAUCGGAAUGCUGAAAUGUUUUCAGCUCCUUGUUUGAUUAUAGAAGCAAAGGAAGAGUGUGCCAAAAAGAAAUGCUCACAUCAGUGUUAACAAACUGCAGUAUUUCCUCAACAAUUUCUUGGGCUGCUAGAAAUAACCUUACCAGUGUUGUAUUUUUUUGGAAGCAGUACAAGUCUGUGUGGAAAUCCAUGCAAACACCAGUCAAACAAACCAUGAUUAGAAGUUUAGUUGUCUGUGUUACUUCUGAACAUCCAGAUUAGUCAUGUGGGAGCCCCCUUUACUCUCCUGGAUAGAAUGUGCUUUUGGGCAGGAAACGCAGGAAGCUUUUGGCUGACCAAAAACAUAUGCUCCAGUGCUUUGAAAGUCACAAUUGAAAGAUUGCAGUUAAACUUGUCAGAACUGAUUUGCAUAUUUCUGUACUGAAGGGUUAUUGGCACUGACACUAUGUGAGUCUCGUUACUGGUGGAGCAGACAGCCAUUACACUUGUCUUCUGGUGCUUUAAAGCUGGUUCUCAGCACUUCUGCUCUGUCCGUGGCAACUACUGGGGCAUUUGCAGGGAAAUAAAGCCCUUACUACAUUGAAUCAGUUUCCUAACAGUCUGAUAUAUAGUGCCUGAAAUCUAUGUUCAAAUAAUAAAAUAGUAAACCUCUCUGCUUUUAUGUGUCACACAACAUUGCUGAACUCAUGUGUUACGAUGCUGGCAUAUCUUCUGUUUAUAGGGUUUGUUUUUUUCUUUUCUUAAAUCGUUCUAGUUCCAAAUGGUCCAAUAUAGGAAUAGAACGGCCUGUGCCAGUGACCUGACCUAACUCUUUGUAGUUGUUUCAGCUAUGCCUUCUUCUUAAGCAGUAUUAUAUUCCAGCGGUAUCUAAUGAUAUUUGAUUUCAAUACUUCUAGCUAUGCACAAUUAGAAAAUAUUAGUUAUGGGAUGGAGGAUGUGUUUAUGGUCCCCUUCCCUUGGAAAUGUAUACUGUAUUGUAAAGAAAUGAUAUUUUGCAAGAAAACUAAUGUAAGAAGCUUUCAGUAUUACAGUGAGAUUUGUAGGCAUGUUUUUUAAUUUUUAUUUUUUAGAAUUGGUUUUCUUCCUCUUCAUGUCCCAGUUUAAAUGGAUAACUACUCCUCAUGGGGGUGGAGGGAGGGGGGAAGAAAUACCUUAUCAAAUGUUUGCCUGGCUUGAUUUGUCUUUCUCUCUCUCUCUUUUUUUUUUUUUCUGUAAAUUAUUUUUUUUUGACCGGCCUUUUUACUGGAUUAUAAUAAAACACCUUUUCUUAGGGUUAUGGAGCAAUUCAUGGAUCCAUGUGGUUAUCUGCAAAGAGACCCUUGAUAUUAAGGCAUUUUUUUUCCUGUUUGGAGGAGUUGUUAAAAUCCGUACCCUGUUCUUCCUACAGUGCCAAUAAAGUAUAGAGAAAUUCA